AUGGAAGCAAAAGCAGCAAAGGAACUGGAGAAAGAACAUUUGCAAGAAAAAGCAAAAGAAAAAUAUCAAGAAUGGUUAAAGAAAAAAAAUGCUGAAGAAUGUGAGAAGAAGAAGAAAGAAAAGGAAAAAGAAAAACAACGUCAAGCUGAAUUACAGGAAAAGAAAGAAAUAGCAGAAAGAAAGUUUAAGGAAUGGUUGGAAAAUUCAAAAAAUAAACCUCGUCCAGCUGCAAAAAGCUAUGGUUAUGUCAAUGGAAAACUUACAGGUUUUUACAAUGGAAAUUCUUAUCCAGAACCAGCCUUCUAUAAUCCAAUUCCCUGGAAACCAGUUCAUAUGCCUCCUCCCAAAGAAGCCAAGGAUCUAUCCGGAAAAAAGACUAAAAGGCCCAUGACAAGUCAGCCACACAGGCCUUCAUCUCUGAUAAUUCAUAAAGCCAGAAACAAUCUUUGCCUUGGAACUCUGUGCACAAUACAAAGAUAG